AUGGCUUUGCGUCUAAAAGCUUCCCAGUUAAAGCGAAUAGCAAAUAACGUGUUACUCUCUCAGGCAUUUCAUCAAACACUUUCAUCGCCCUCCCUUUCUCACUCUCAAUGCCCCCCUCCUCCUCCUCUUCCUCCACCUCCCGCGCCAUUCGGCUUCUACUUGGAUGGCCCACAACAUCCGCCUCCGCCUCAAUUCCUCGAGUUGCUCAAAAAGGUCGCCACCUUUUCGUCGCAAGCAGAGGCAGCCACCCAUCUUGACCACUCAGGUUUCGAAGCAAGUAAGGAUUUGAUAUGCUGUGCAAUUUGGGCGUUGAGGGAACAAUGGAAGCCUGCACUUGUUGCCUUCAAUUGGGGCGGUAAAUUUCAUUGCUUUGAUGAGAAAGUUUGCAACUUGAUGAUAUGGGUUCUGGGAACUCAUUCAAAAUUCUCCCCUGCUUGGUGCAUCAUUCGAGAUAUGCAACGCUCUUCUCUCUCCACACGUCUUGCUAUGCUUAUUAUGAUUGACAGAUAUGCAGCUGCUAAUAACUCAGGCAAGGCCAUUCAAACAUUCAACUUUAUGGAGAAAUUCAGAUUGACUCCUGAUCAGGAAGCAUUCCAUUCUCUCUUGAAUGCUCUUUGCAGACAUGGGAAUGUUGAAGAGGCUGAAGAGUUUAUGCUUGUAAAUAAGAAACUCUUCCCACUUGAAACUGAGAGCUUUAACAUUAUUCUUAAUGGAUGGUGUAACAUAACAUGUGAUGUUUUUGAAGCAAAAAGAGUUUGGAGAGAAAUGUCAAACUACUGCAUUACUCCAGAUGGUGUUUCAUAUAGCCACAUGAUUUCCUGCUUUUCAAAAACUGGGAAUCUUUUUGACUCUCUUAGGCUCUAUGAUCAGAUGAAGAAGAGGGGGUGGAUUCCUGGGAUAAUGGUUUACAAUUCAUUGGUAUAUGUUUUAACUCGCGAAAAUUGCCUGAAGGAAGCUGUAAAGUUUGUAGAUAGGUUGAAAGAAGAAGGUUUGCAGCCAAACUCUGCCACCUUUAAUUCCAUGAUACAACCUCUUUGUGAAGCUGGAAAGUUAGCAGAGGCAAGAAUUAUAUUAAACGAAAUGGUGAAAGAGAAAGUCAGUCCAACCAUUGAGACCUACCAUGCAUUUUUUGAGGGAACGGAUUAUCAAGGAACAUUAGAAUUUCUGAGCAGGAUGAAAGGUUCUGGAUUGAGUCCAAAUGAGGAUUCCUUUCUUUUAAUUCUGGCAAAGUUCUUCAAGUUGAAGCAACCGGUAAAUGCGCUGAAAAUAUGGAUGGAAAUGGUGGUAUAUGGUGUGGUGCCAAAUUGUAUGCAUUACAGAACAAUGGUAGAGGGGCUUGUAAAGUGUAGGUGGUUCAUCAAGGCAAGGGAUUUCUAUGAGGAGAUGAUUUCAAAAGGAUGUUUGCAAGAUCCAAAGCUUAAUAAGCUUUUUGAGAAUGAAGCACUUGAUCUUGGUGAUAAGCCAAAGAAUACUAAAACUACAAGGGUUAAUAGUGAUAAAAGUGGGGGAAUUCUGAGAGCAAUAAGAUGAAAUGGAAAUAUCAUAAAAACCAGCCAAGAAAGAAGUACCAAGCUCUAAAUAUUUAUCUCCACAUUUUACCAUUGUAAAUACUGAAUACUACAGCUUUUAGUGUGACCCUUUAAUACCAUUUUUCCCCCUAUUUUUUUA